AAGGUGGUCAAAAGCAUUCUCGAUUCAUUCUACACUGCUCUCGUAUGACUACUAGUAAUUGUAGCUAGGUGGCCCACCGUCUCCAUCCCGUCUAACCUCGCGGUCUAAGUCACUAUCCCCCACGAUCACCACGUCUCACGUCCCGUCCCAACAUACUCACCCCACAAACACCCCUCACACAACUCAACAACCACCCAAGCGCUCACCACAGACACCCACAGUCCACUGAUCCUGAUUCGUCAGACCCUGGCGGGGAGAAUCAGGCGUGGUGCUGAAGGCGAUGCGGGAGACUGCAUCGGGAGGAGAGAGUGCGGAGAAGGGGCUGGAGGCACGCCAAAAAAAAAAAAGAAAAGAACGAGGGAAUGUAGGAAAAAACCGAAACCAAUCGCGAGACGAGGGCGGAGAGGAACGUUUAAGUUACAAAGCUAGAGACAUAGAUGUAAGGAAACAGAGACCGAAUCAGGAAGAUGAGAUAAAUAAGAUGACUAGUUAUGCUAAGGUGAACGUCCGAGUCAAUGCCAUAUUCUGUUAUGAGAGGAAUAGAGGAGGCAAUAGAUGCAUAUGGGACAUAUGAGAUUUUGAGAUAUGUGCACGGUAACCUCCAAGGGUAUUGUGCUGCUAUGUUGCACCCUGAGGAAGCUUUGCUUCGAUCGUGUAUGAACGAACAAUGGAGAUGCGGUCGUAGGGCUUUGCCAAAGAUGUGAAUCCUACUUCGUCCAAAGCGGGUUCCAUGCGAUUUUUCGAGUAUUGAAGAAGCUCUGACGGUGUCGGGGGCUGGAGGCUAGGCUCUAAUCGCGGGGGGCGGCAUACAAUAAUAUACGAGAUCUUGCAGUGAGUCAGCCGUCGACGGCCUCUUUCCCCAAUCGAAAUCACUCGGUAGUGUGACAGAGGGGGGAUUGUUCUCAAGACGUACAGUCGAGACCACCGCUCAAAAGACCCCAACACCGUCCAUCUGCACAUCUGCAUCAAACUGCACGCCCAUCUCAAGCCCUAAGUCCAGCGCUGAAGGGAAGUCCAGGUCUAGAUCAAAUCCCCGUUCACCGUCUUCCGCCGUGGGCAACAUCCCCAGCAUCCUCUGCAUCUCUAUCGCUUCCAUAUCCAUCCGCAUUUCCUCGGCCCACGAUGGGUCAUUGAUGUUCACAGUUGCACUCGCCCUUCUCAUUCCUGUUCCUGAUGUUGAUUCUAGUCUCGAUCCU